CUUAAUGAAUCUAGAGGUUCGACUUAGGAGGUGAAGCUAGAAUAACUCCAAACGACCUUAUAGUCAUGGUCAUUGAUCUUGACAGGUGACUAAUUAAAAUUUGUGGUACAUUUCGUUUUUUACAUUAGAAUUUUACAGGCUAACCAAAAGAAAACAUUAAAAUUUCGGUUUUUGUGGACCAGAAUAGAACUUCUACUUGCAUGCAUGCUAUGAUGAUUCUACCAAUGGGCUACGCUGGGUCCCAAAGUCAAACUUUGUCCAUAAAUAGACGGUCCAGAUUUAGUGUAAUCGAUUUUUAAAUUAACAUCCACCGUUGUUGAAGGAAGUCAAAGAGGGGUAAAAUCGUAAAUGAAUUAAUAUAAUCCACUGGUGGAACUGAUCCGAUAACAGAAACAUUUUUUUUUUCUAGGGAAAAUUAUAGAAACUACACGGCCAUGUUUUAGGAUUGUCGCUAGAAAGUAAGCGGCAUGGGAAGAGCGUUCGUGUAUGUGAUCGUGGGAGGAGGUGUUGCUGCUGGUUACGCAGCUCUCGAAUUCACAAGGAAAGGUGUCUCCGAUGGCGAGCUCUGCAUCAUCUCCGAUGAACCCGUUGCACCAUACGAGAGGCCCGCGUUAAGCAAAGGUUUUCUGUUGCCAGAAGAUCCUACACGGCUUCCUUCUUUCCACACUUGUGUUGGGGCUAAUGAUGAGAUACUGACCCCAAAAUGGUACAAGGAACAUGGAAUCGAAUUAGUCCUUGGAACUCGUGUUAAGUCCGUUGAUGCGAGGAGGUUGACUCUUGUAACAAGCACCGGGGAGACUAUAACUUACAACUUUUUGAUCAUUGCAACAGGUGCCAGGGCGCUGAAGCUCGAAGAGUUUGGGGUGGAAGGCUCGGAUGCUGAAAAUGUAUGUUACUUACGAGAUCUGAGCGACGCAGACAGGCUUGCCACUGUGAUCCAAUCAAGCUCCAAUGGGAAUGCUGUUGUUAUCGGUGGUGGCUAUAUUGGCAUGGAGUGUGCUGCAUCUUUAGUGAUCAACAAAAUCAAUGUGACCAUGGUUCUUGCAGGGGCUCACUGCAUGGCGCGUCUCUUUACUCCCAAGAUUGCAACUUUCUAUGAAGACUACUACAUGGGUAAAGGAGUGAAGUUUAUCAAAGGAACUGUUUUGACAUCAUUUGAGUUUGAUUCGGAUAAAAAGGUCACGGCGGUUAAUCUGAAAGAUGGGAAUCAGUUACCAGCAGAUUUGGUCGUGGUUGGAAUCGGAAUACGACCAAACAUAAGCUUGUUUGAAGGACAGCUAACAAUAGAGAAAGGAGGGAUAAAAGUGAACAGCCAAAUGCAGUCAAGUGAGAGUUCAGUGUAUGCAAUAGGCGAUGUAGCUACAUUCCCAGUGAAACUAUAUGGCGAAAUGAGGAGGCUAGAGCAUGUGGACUUCGCUAGGAAAUCUGCACGGCACGCAGUUUCAGCUAUCAUGGAGCCAGAGAAGACAGGAGAGUUUGACUACUUGCCGUGUUUCUACUCAAGGUUCUUUGCCUUCUCCUGGCAGUUCUAUGGAGACCAUGUUGGUGAAGUUGUGCACUUUGGGGAGUAUGAAGACGGUGAAGUGUUUGGAGCAUAUUGGGUUAAAGAGGGUCACCUUGUUGGGUGUUUUCUUGAAGGUGGGACCAAAGAACAGUAUGAAACUAUCUCUAAGGCAACACAGUUGAAACCAGCUGUUACUGAUAUGGAAGAACUGGAAAGAGAAGGACUCGGGUUUACUCAGACAGUGGUGAGUCAGCAGGUGGUUACUGAAGUUAAGGAUGUUCUAAGCUCUGAGAUUGUGAGGCAGACGUCAAGAGUUGUGAGUCUUGUGACGGUGGAGAAGCCUUUGCAUGUAUGGCACGCGGUGACUGGAGUUGUUGUUGCUGCGUCUGUGACUGCGUUUGCUUUUUGGUAUGGUAGGAGACGUCGUAGAUGGUGAAAUAAUUCAUUGGCAGGCAGUGCCUGAGAUUUUCUCGACUAGAAGCGAGACUUUUUUUUGGCC